AUGAGCGAGGAGCAUCGUGGAUCAUUCGAGAAGAGCUGGCAACACGUGCACUUCCCUCACUCCGUUCCAGAAGCUCGUGACGCAUUCAAAGGUUUCAAAAGAGUGAUGUUUCUGAAUGUCGUGCUCGCUAUAUUGCCGCGUACUUUGGCCUUUUUCUCACGAUAUGCUCUCAGUUUUUGUUGUGACCGCCCGCAUGACCGACACCCUCACGCGCGCAGAUCACAGCUGUUCGACAGAACAAUCGGCGCAGAACUGCAUGCUCUGUUUCAAUUUAAUUUUCAAACCGAUUCUCCACCAAACUUCUUCCAAUGUCCAUCAACAUGUGUGCACUUUUCCGUCCGUUUCAAACAUAAAGCAUGCCGGACGAGGCUCUCAGCAGCAUCGAUCCGCAGUGGCAUGCCCCCCGCGUGUUUACUCGUUUGGCGGCCGUCGAUGUCCUCUUGUCUGACGCCCUCCGCCCCUUGCACACUCCUUUCGUGCGCCCAGUUUGUUGUUUUGUUCUUUUCCUCUUUCACUGCCAUUUCGAACGAGAAAGAAUCGACCGCCACCAACGGCCUUUCCUCCCUGCUUUCUUUGCUUUCUCAGAGUACUUAUCAGUCGCUUUACGGGGGUCUCUGCCCAAGAGAGCGAAUGAUGCAAAAGGCAACUGCUUGUUGCGUGGAUUCGCAGAGUGAUAACGAAAGUGUAUAGAGUCUAACCGCCUUUCCUCUCUGUAUCUGUUUGCUCGUCGGACCUCCUCUGCUCCUCGUUAAACCAUAGUUUUUCAGAGUUUGUUGACAAGGAGCACUGUCGACUCACCGCCUACGAAACGAUGCCAUUCUGGACCACUCAGGUCGGUUAUCCCAUUUCGAUCUGUUUUGAUCCACUCUUUCAGGACACUCGCAAUGCCAUCCUCUCGACGCUCAUCCCGGCUGGAGCCGCGACGGCUGCGUUCGUCUCAUUCGCCACCGAUCACUCUGUGCCAAGCUGGUGGCAGGUCAGUCAGUAUUCAGUUUCUUUUCGAAUUUCACAAUUAUCAAUAUUUCAGACUGUGAAGAAGCCGAACUGGGCUCCGAAAGACAUCCGCAUCUACUCGGCUGUCGAUAUUCUGACCCUCUCGCCACUCGGAUACGCCUCCUAUCUCGUCUACAAGAACGGCGGAGGAUUCGACUACAACGACACCAAAUUGGCGCUUGGAUUGUACGGAGCCAACAUCGCCCUCGCCCUUGCCACCAUUCCAAUCAUUAAGAAGAAGGAGCUCGGAUGUCUGUGGAAGAACACGACGCUCGUCAGUUUGACUGCUGCCGGAGCUGCCUUCGCUUUCUAUAAGGUUGGUGAAUUCAGAAAAGAAGUGAAGUCUAAACUUAUAUUUUUCAGAUUGACAAGAAGGCUGGACUCCUUCUGAUUCCGUACGCUGUCUGGUCUGCCUUCUACGCCUACCUGGCCUAUUCCAUCAAAAAGGAAAACGACCCGAUCAAGGACUUGUAA